GCCUCGCGUGUGCGCGCACCCGGAAGUGCCCGUCUGAUUCUGUGACGGUGGCUUGGAAUCUCCAUUCGUCUUAGAAACAGAAAUGCAGACAGACGUGUUGAUCAGAAGAUAGCUGAUCGACUGUUAUUAUCAUUACUGUGUAACCGACAGAAAUCAAUCAUGGCGAGCGAGUCAGUGAGUGUGAUCUUCAAGAUCUACUGCUUGACUGUCAUGACCCUGAUCGCUGCCACAUACACUGUGGCCCUCAGAUACACCCGGACCGUGUCCUCAGACCUGUACUUCUCCACCACUGCGGUGUGCCUCGCUGAGCUCAUCAAGCUGCUGCUGAGUCUGCUGAUGCUGGUCAGGGAGACGGGAGACCUGGGCCGCUGUAGGACAGCAGUGGUCACACACAUUUUCAGAAGUCCCAAGGAGCUGCUGAAGCUGAGCGUGCCAUCGGUGGUGUACGCCAUCCAGAACAACAUGGCCUUCGUGGCCUUGAGCAACCUGGACGCCGCUGUCUACCAGGUGACGUAUCAGCUGAAGAUCCCCUGUACGGCGCUGUGCAUGGUGCUGAUGCUGAGCCGCUCUCUGAGCCGUCUGCAGUGGUUCUCGGUCUUCAUGCUGUGUGGAGGCGUCACGCUGGUGCAGUGGACCCCGCCGCAGUCCACCAAAGUUCAGGUGGAGCAGAACCCGUUCCUGGGCUUUGUGGCGAUCGCCGUCGCGGUCCUCUGCUCCGGGUUUGCAGGUGUGUACUUUGAGAAGGUCCUGAAGAGUUCGGACACUUCUCUGUGGAUCCGAAACAUCCAGAUGUACCUGUCAGGAAUCGUCGUGACCCUCAUAGGGGUCUUCAUGACAGAUGGUGCCCAGGUCUUGGAGAAAGGCUUCUUCUACGGAUACACGCCUUGGGUCUGUUUAGUCGUCUUUCUGGCGAGUGUGGGAGGAAUGUACACGUCUGUGGUGGUGAAAUACACCGAUAACAUCAUGAAGGGCUUUUCAGCGGCCGCUGCGAUCGUGCUGUCCACUGUGGCGUCUGUCGUCCUCUUUGGCCUGCAGAUCACGACAACGUUCAUCACGGGAGCCAUGCUGGUGUGUGUGUCCAUCUACAUGUACGGCCUGCCCAAACAAGACACCAGCAAAGUGCUGAAACCCAGUACAGACAGAGAGGACACACAGAAACUCAUCGCCGUCUGACACGAGUUCGGUGGGAAAGACAAACUGACACGACGAUCAACACACGACUCUAGACAUUGCUGUUCGAGCAGCUGGACAUGAACUGAACCGAACAACACUACGUCAGGAGGAAGGAGAAGCGUUUUGAUCUGUCUGUGCUGCUGAUGAAGGAGGGUGGAGGUGGGGUUAUGGGAAUGACAGGCCGGCUUUGGUUUUAUGUGAUUGUUUUUUUUCUAUCUAUAUAAUAUCAUACUAUUUGACUCGAUGGAGAUUGUGAGACACUGCCGCAAGUAAUGAACACUGAUGCCAAAACCGUAAACUGAAUAUGGGACAGGUUUUUUGUUUAGAUUGCCAAUGUAAUUUGCUCAAGUGUUCUUAAAUAUUUAUGUAUGCUGAACGUAAAAAGGAUCCCUACGGGUCUGGGUAGCUGACAUUGUUUUAAUCACAGAGCAAAUGUUGAAUCCAGUGGUUAAGGUACGCCUCAUUGUCCAGGACAAUCUCUGUAUGUGAUCAUGAGGUGCUCUGAGGAACUGACGUGUUUCUGCAGACAUGAUUAAACGUGUCUGAAGACAAGCUCUCGUGCUAUAGUGGCUGUUUACAUGCAUCGAGCUUGACGAAUCCAACACAAUUCAGAUUCUAAAACAGUACUGUUCAUGUGUGAACUUUGCAAUCUGAUUCAUAUUCUUUUACAUGUGCAUUGCAUUUAUUCUGAACCAAAUGUCAUCAUAAUUAGCGUUUUUGAUGAUACAUCUUGGUUUCUGCAGGUCUUAAUUCACUCUUACACAAAUUAAGGCCUUAAAUCAGAGCAGGAAAUGUCAUGACAUUAAAUAAUGCAUUGCAAAAACAUGUAUAUCUUUAGUAUUAAUUAGUAUUUUUGUCUUGUUUUUCAAUACAAAUAUCUAAACAUCUUCGAUACUUGAAAUGCAAAUGUAAAAUUAAGUCUUAAAAAAUUAAAAUGAGUUUAUACUUAAAACAAGAACAAAUAUCUGUCAAUGAGUUAUGAAAACUUGGAUUUUUCUGAGCCCACUGGUAGACAUUUCUUCUUGUUUUAAUCAUAAACUCACUUUAUUUUGAUCAGUUUAACAGAAAACAAGACUUUGUCUAGUAAAUGCAUCUUGAUUUAAGAGUCUUUGUACAGUUGCACUGGAAAACAAGACAAAAAUACUGACGACGAGCAUCAAUUUUUUUGCACUGGGAUCAGAAGUAAAGUAUAAUAUAUUUCCAUAUUUUAGUGGUUUGGAGCAGAGCGAUUAAAGCUACUUUUUUUUUUGUAAAAUGAAUUAAAAGUAAUGGAUAUCUGUUGGAA